AUGCCUGCGGCAGCUGCCAUAGAUAGGGCUGCCUUUGCCAACACAUGGGUUCGUCGGCAACGGGACGGGAGUCACCUUCAAACUCAAAGAGAGAAUCUUGUGUCUCUUACUUGGCGCUACCACUUGCCUGUCUGGCUGUUCGCUGCUCGCCUGCGAGCGAGUAUCAACGCUCUCAUUGCCGACAAGCAAGGCACCAUCACUGUGACGCCAGCUUCGAUGUUCGUCCAGAUAAUGACGUCAAGGUACUCCCAGCUGAAGUUUGCCGCUCCAUCGACUCUGAGGACAUACACCAUACGAACAACUGAGCAGACAAUCGUAAAGAUGCCAAGACUAAACAUGAUGAUUCGGGUGGCGAUUUCGUGGGGUAUCAACUUCCCAGUUGGUGCUCAAAGGAACACAUUGAACUAUUGUGUUAUGAGGAGAGCGAGGUUGACGACAAGGGUCAAACCCAACACCGCGUGUGUUGCUGUCUGGAACCACGGUUUUGAGAAGAUACGGCGGAAGAAAAGAAGUAUCGAAAUCUUCGACAGCGAUACCGUUACAAUAUUAAAGGACUCGACCACAUAUAGAAGCUACCUCGCUCUGUUGAUCCCCAAGCUCUGA